AUUUUUUUUAGAGUCAAUUUGAUUAAAUUUUAAAUUAAAUUGAAUUAAAUUAACUCGAUAUUUUAACAUUAAAAUUUAUAUAUUUGAAAAUUAUAAUUUUUCAUAUUAAUUUGAUGAAAAAAUAAAUUUUAAAAUGAUGGUUGAAAUUUGAAGCGAAAAGUGCGGCAUAAAUUGAGACAACGGGAGUACUUGUUAUUAUGCGAGUAUCUGCAUUUUGUCAAUAUGAGAAAUUAUAUUCAAAAUACGAUUAAUAUAAUAUUAUAGUUUGUGCUCCGUAUUUAAAACUUUCUUAUAUUAGUGUUUGUUACGAAUACGCAUGGUGUUUAAUAUGGGGCCCAUGAUUUUUUUUUUAACAUUGUUUAUUUUUUUAAUAUGAGAUUCACUUUUUUUUUAAUAUUGCUUAAUUUUGUUAAUAUGAGGUUUAUUUUUUUCCCAUGAGUUUGGAUGUGGUGGGUUUCAAUUUUUUUUUUUAUUAAUACUGGUUGGUGUUUAAUAUGGGGCCCACUUUUUUUUUUUUUUAAUAUUAGUAGUUAUUUAAUAUAAAUGAGGCCCACAAUUUACUUUUUUUUUUUUACAAUUUCUUUUUUUGUUAUGGGCUGUUUAAUAUGGGGUCCAAUUUUUUUUUUUUUCAUGGAGGGCCCAACAACGGCCGACGAAAACCACCCCAACCGGUGCUUCUAAUAUAGUAGUAAAGUAAAGUAAUAUCCUACAUCAAGAGACAAAGAGAGGUACAUUCUACUCAUAACACUUCUACUGAUUCUUCAGCUUUUAUGGCUGGACAGAGAUGGAAUCCACCAAGGAGACCCAUGGAAAACACAGGAGCGAACCAAUACCAACCGAAGAAAGGAGAAUUGUAUUUUAGAUAUUGCAAAAAGAUAGGGUAUGAAAAGGACCAGUGUUACAAAUUAGUAGGCUAUCCACAACACUACAAAGUUAAUAAACAGGGAAGAAAUAAUUAUCAGCAAGGAAACUAUGGAAAUCAGCAGGGAAAUUAUGGAAACCAGCAGGCAAACAUGGCAGAGGCUAAUGAUCUUGUCAACACAUGGAAGGAGGCAAAUAAUAUAUCAAAUCUGCUGGCAAAUCAGGGGUACUCUAAAGAACAAUAUAAGCAGAUAACUUACUUGUUUAAAAAUGCGCAGGGAGGCAACUCUAAUGCUUCAAAUUCUGAGCUGAAUGCAGCUGCAAACAUGGCUGGUCCCUUCCCAGAAGAAGGGUCAAGUUUUUGGUGAUGCCUCCACUGGUCUAUAUCUGCUGCAGGGUGAUGUGUCGUGAAUUUCGGCACAUUUUAUGCCUUUGUAACUAGAAGUGUUGCUUAUUUUUAAGUGUUUUUACAUCGUUUCUUAUGUUAUUUUUGUGUUUUAUAGGGUUGGUUGACUAAGGAUCGGAAAUGAUAAGAAAUGCUGAAAAAAGAAAACUUGGAGCUAAAGGACGAGUUACGGGCCGUAACGUGUACCGUAAGCGGAGGACAAUUUCCAGAAAGUUGCCUAAGUAGUGUCACAGGUUACGCCCAGAAGGACGGUCCGUAACUUAGGUUACGGGGCAUAACGUCAUGGCGUAACGCAUUGGCCACGGAAGACUGAGGCCAUGAUCCGCUGGAAGAUACGGACCGUAACCGUGUUACGGUCCGUCGCAAGAAGCCAUGACAUCAAGCUGACAAAGGACGAAAUCGAAGGACGGACCGUAACCUGUGUUACGGUCCGUAACGAUGCCGCGUAAGGGUGUUUUUGUCCAGAAACUUGGCGCGAUUUUUGGCCCUAUAAAUACUUAAAGUUAGGGUUUUAAUUAAUAAUUCUGAUUUUCUUGGGAGCAUUAACUUUAGUCUUGAAAUAUUUGAAGUGGUUGGAGCAUUUAAAGCACCAACUUCACUUCCAUUCCAUAUUGUAUUAGCAUUGUAAGUAUAUUAUGUUAACUUUUAAGCUUUCUUUGUUAACCAAAAUGAUGAGUAGCUAAUUUUAAUACUAAGGUUGUGGAUCCCAUGAUGGGUAUUAUGUGAAUGGAUUUCUACUAU